UAUAAUAACCUAGAAAAUAGUAGAAAAUCAAUGGUUUUUUCAUAUUCAUUUUUAAAGAAAUAAUUUGUUUUUUUAUCCAAUAUAUAGCCAAUUGUCAUGGUUUUUACAACAGCUGUUAAUUUUAUAAGAAGUCGAGGACCAGAUGAGUUUUGGCGAAAACGAAAAAUAUUCAAAUUAGCAGCGGCAUUUCAAGGUAGAAAACGUAAUUGUUAUAGUAUUGCCAUUCGAUAUGUUCAUAGAGCUUUAGUUUAUGCAACAAAAGGAAGGAAAUUGAAAAAAGAGGACAUGGCUAAUUUGUGGCAAACGAGGGUACAAGCUGCUUGUGAGCAGCACAAUAUAAGUUAUGAGUUAUUUAGAGAAGGUUUGGUAAGAUCUGAUGUAAUGUUGAACAGAAAAACAUUGGCUAGUUUAGCUUGUUGGGAGCCGUACACUUUUAAAACUUUAACUGAUAUUGCUCAAAGACGAGUUCUGGAUGAUGGUCUUGUGGCUUUAAAUGAUAGCUCUUUAGACAGAAUUAUAACAAGGGGUUCCCUAACGAUUAAAAGUGAACCAAAAUAAUGUUUUAAAAGUGAUUCAAAUAAAUUAAAUAUAGCGUGAUAGCAUAGUUCUUUCUAAAUAUAUAAUAAUAUUGUG